AUGUUUUAUGUACAUAAAUUCAAUCCAACAGAGCUCUUCGAUGAUGUUCUAAUCGAAAGAGAGCAUGUUGAGUGCACUUCCUCAGUAAUACAAGCUUUUACACUCUUCAAGGAGCAAUACCCAGAUCACAGGACCAAAGAAAUAGAAGACUCCAUCUCUAGAGGAAUACAAUACAUUGAAAGGGCUCAAAACCCUGAUGGUUCUUGGUAUGGUUUUUGGGGAAUUUGUUUUACCUAUGGAACAUGGUUUGCAGUGGAGGCACUACUAAGGUGUAAUAAAAACUACCAUAAUAGUCAGGCUGUGCGAAAGGCAUGUGAGUUUAUACUCUCAAAGCAAUUGCCUAAUGGCGGGUGGGGCGAAAGCUACCUCUCAAGCUCCAAAGAGGUUUAUACAAACCUAAAAGGGAACAAGUCAAAUCUGGUGCAAACUUCAUGGGCAUUGUUAACUCUCAUUAGAGCAGGGCAGUGGGAAGUAGAUCCCGACCCCGUAGACCGAGGGAUGAGGUUGGUAAUCAACUCACAGUUGGAAAAUGGAGACUUCCCACCACAGGUAAUUGCAAGGUUUUCUUCUAAAAAUAAAUCAGUUUUGAUAUUCAAUAAUAUUACCUCCGAUUCUUGAGUACUCAACCUAGUGGGCUAGUGGGUACUUCCUACUUCUAGGAAAGGAUAGAGAGCAAAAGAUAUACUGUAUUAAGUAUAAUAGGACCCCAAGAGGUGAGGUAGGAGAUGAUUAUUAAUGAAUAAAAGAUUGUCAUAAAGGAAAUAAAAUACAACAAGAGAUAAGGUAUUAUUAUAUGAAGGAACAAUUUUCAAAUUCAUUAAAAAAAGUCGGACGAUAUCAAAGUUCCAUGAUUAUGCACCUUUAAGUGGACUCUUUUAUAAAUAAAAAGAAUCAUAAAACCACCAAAUCAAUCAAUAGUUAGCAAAAGUAAAGUGCUGAUUAAGCAGAUUUUAGUUUAAUAAAAUUACUGGUUUACUAUAAGCAAAAAUAUGCUUUGUUUUUUUUUUUUAAGAAAUCAACAAAGGUAAACCGCUAAAUGAAUAGCAGUUUUGUCCAUGGUAAAAAAUAAAAAUAAAAAUAAAAAUAAAAGAAUAAAAAAUAAAAGUUAAUUCAAUUAUCGACUUUAUUCAAUAAACCGCUAAUUCAAUUAGCGAUGUUAUUCAAUGAACAGUUAAUUCAAUUAGUUACCUUAGACAAACCCUCUAAUUCAGCGAUUUUAUUUUGGACAAAACAUCUAAUUCAAUAAUUUUUUUUUAAAAAAAAAAAAUUAAAACGGGAUAUUAUAUCUUGAGAUGGUGUGUAAGUCAUCCAUUCCUAAAUAAAAGUCUCAUUUACUCAAGAGUAAUUUUAAAAAAUGAUAUGCGGUUAAGUUGAUUAAUUGCAAACUAAAACAAAAAGUGAUGUUCAGUUAUUUGAAGGUGAAUAAAAAAGUUGAUACUGAUAAAAAAUGGGACUUUUAAAAACACAAAAUUGUAGUAAAUGAUACUAUCUAGGGACAGAAAGAGUAUCACUUAUCAAUAUAAUAAUGUAAAAAUUGUUCCAAGGAGAAACUUCUUUUAUCCAAGGACUAAGGCUAUUCUUCUUGGUAAGAGUAAGUAGACUGUUCCUCUAUAGUCUCUAUACAAGAAUUUUCCUUGGCAACAUGAAUUUAAAGUUACAAACCGAGACUCUCAUUUAACUUAGUCACAGUACACAGUUUUACUUCUUAUCCAUGAAAUCUAACAGCUAUGGUAACUUUAUACAGGAAACCACUGGAGUAUUCAUGAAGAACUGCAUAACCGAAUUUUCAUCAUACAGGUGUACUUUCCCCAUAUGGGUUCUUAGUGAAUAUCGUCGUGCACAAGCACAAAGAUCUGCCAUACAAUAGCCAACACUCACUGGAACUCCAAGAGAGAUUGGUCACAAGCUAUUAGUAUCUAUAGUGUAUUGCUGCUAAACAUCACACGAUGUAGAAGCAAAUCAAUAAAUCAUCCUUAGUUGGCAAUAAUCGAAUUUUAUGCUCUAGUUGACUAAUCUUUGUCAAUGUGUAAGGUUACUGAGGUAACUUCUAAAAAGUAACUUCCAAAAGUCGAGCCAAAUUACAAUUUUCACUUAUUUUAAGGGCAAUUUGUGAAAAUAUAGGAGCAAUUACCAUGAAAAUUACUUAAACAAACCACAAUUCCACAAUUAUGCUGCUUUUUAACUAAAUUCCCUACAUAACGUCCACGUCAGCUAAAUAAUCCAUGAUUUUUCAUAAUUAAAAAGUGUGAAACCACUGAUUGAAUCAGCGGUUUAUAAUUUAAUGAACUGCUAUAUAAACCACUAAUUCAAUAAGCGGUUUUAUUGUGAACCAGGAAAAAAUUAAUUCAUAUUUAUAGAUGUUUACAUGGACGGUAGGUAGAAAAUUUAGUCAAAAAGUGACGCAUUUAUGAAAUUUUGAUCUCUUUAAGCAUUUUCUAUGAAAAUCACUCAAAUUAUAGUGUGUUAGGUACUAAAGACCUAUAAGAAGAGCUUUUCUAUAGUGUGUUAUCAUGGAACCCAAUUAAGCAAUUCAAAACCAAAAGAAUUUAGAAAAGAAAAACAGGGUAAAAAGAUGAUUUUCUAGAGUGAGAUUUACAUUAUUGAAAGGGACAUGAUUUGCCUGGCGCGCCCAGGAUCUUGAAACAGUAGCUCCCCUUCAGGUUGUUUUCCACUUCUCCCCAUCUUCUCCAGGUACUCUUUAG